GCUCGACGUUCUCCAGCCGUUCUUUGCUUGCUUUCUGCCUUCCUCUGCGCGCUCUUCUAACAUCUUUACUGCAACAAUGACGAUGGAGUCUUCCGAGCACCUCGCUGGAGCAUUGCAGGCCUUGGAAAUCCCUCCCGAAUUCAUAAACUGGGAUGACGAAGAUCCUCAACUCCUGACGCGUCUAGAGCGAUGGCAGGAAGGCGCGCGACGCGCCAUGGAACUACUUCAGAAACGUCUUGAAUAUCAUCAAUCGUUGAGGAGGGAACAAGACCCGCAACAGGCGGGCCCUUCGAGGCUACCUCAGGCAGACCUUACACCAGAUGAACAAACGGAGAUCAUCACAGCCCUUGCGCCCUUUGAGGAGGAUGAGAGGUGGUCUGGCAAGGGUCUGCAGAAGAAGGCGCAUGACAUCCUCGAAUCUUCCUUCCCCCAGCCCGGUCGCGAAACCCUGACGCGUCUUCUGAUAACGAAGAUCAAGCCCGCAUUCCAGGGGAGUCCCCACCCGCAACUCAAUACCAGCACGGGCCGCAAGCUACCGCGACAGGCCGGCGGGGCGAUGGCGGGGCAGGACUUCUACGAGGAGCAGGCGUGGAAGGCGGACGCGUCGGCGGUGGCGCUGGUAGGCUGGUGUGCGAGGCAUAUGGAUAGAGAGGCAUACGAGGACCUCUGGCAUCUGAUUAUACCUCCCAUCAUGACGCUUCUGGACGACUACCAGAGCGCGUACAAGUUGAGGGGGAACGUGGUGGUCCGGGACAUGCUGGCCCGCGUUCCCGCUGGGCUGCUGAAGCGGACCGGCGUGGCCGCGCUUUUGCAGACGUCCCUGAACAAGUCCCUCGGCGUUACAGAGGGAACGCACGCCCCCGCAAUCCUGCGCGAGGCUAGCGCCGCCAUCCUGUCGCUGGUCGCGCUUACGACUGUGGAAGGAUCUAGAGAGCGAUUCGACCAGCUAUGCGCGCUGCUGGGUGACGGUAUCAUUGGCACGACGUGGACUUACGCGUCGCGCGAGAAGGACGUGAUGCUGGCAUCUCUGCAGGCGCUACCGGCCGUCGUCGACGCGCUAGGUGUUGGUGCGGCCCGCUACCUCCGGGUGCUGGUAUCGCAGCUCAGCCAUGUGCUGGAGGAGGAUAUGCCGGUGAAACACCAGCUGGCAUCUCUGGAGGCGCUAGACAGUGUCCUCAGGCAGUGUGGGCCGUGUGUUCAUCGGUGGCGGGGAACGCUCCUGGAUGGCAUCGCGCGGGCAUGGGUGCGGCUGAUGGAGAAGCAGGUUGCCUGUGGGGAAAAAGAGAAGGACGCGCUGGUAACCCGCUUACGGGGUGCUUGUGCGAGCCUCGACGCGGUCUGCGCCCCCGCGAGCGCCGACUUUGGGAGGCUUCUCGCCGCAGAUCCAGCCGUGUUCCGGGGCUUGCUCGAGCAUGCGCGGCGCGCCUAGGGCCAGCAAACUGCCGAAAAGGGUCCGGGGUGCGCAUCAUGUUCUGGAAGUUCUUGACGCCGUCGAUCUCAUCCUCCGCGCUUUGGCGCGCCCACAACGCGCGCGGCGCCCCUGACGCGCCCCGCUUUUGUCCAAAUAAAGGCCGUUCCUCGUUCCUUCCCCGCAAUUGCGUGAUGUGUUGAGCCAAGCGAGAUCGUGCUGUAAGCGCUUUCGUUGUAUUUUUCUGCGAUGCUGGAGCUGAAUGCAGAGGCC